CCUAGUGAAGGAAAACUCUCAGCCGCCGGUUUCCGGUUUCCGAAGUCUCAACGUUGGCAUGACGUCACGCGGCCGCCUCGUCCCGGCGUCUCGCGCCUCUUCCUGAAAUGAACCAGUACCAGUUCAUCAGGGUCGUUGGGAAAGGGAGCUACGGGGAGGUGGACUUAGUGAAGCACCGCGCGGACCGGAAGCAGUACGUUGUUAAAAAGCUGAACCUGACCACCUCCUCCAAGCGGGAGCGGCGUGCUGCCGAGCAGGAGGCGCAGCUGCUGUCGCGGCUGCGGCACCCCAACAUCGUGACGUACAGGGAGUCGUGGGAAGGAGACGACUGCCAGCUGUACAUCGUGAUGGGCUUCUGCGAGGGCGGAGACCUUUAUCAUCGCCUCAAGCUGCAGAAGGGCGAGCUGCUACCCGAGAGGCAGGUGGUGGAGUGGUUUGUCCAGAUCGCCAUGGCCCUACAGUACCUGCACGAGAGGAACAUUCUCCACCGGGACCUCAAGACACAGAACAUCUUCUUGACCAAGACCAACAUCAUCAAGGUCGGGGACCUCGGUAUCGCUCGGGUCCUGGAGAACCAGAACGAUAUGGCCAGCACCCUCAUCGGGACCCCGUACUACAUGAGCCCGGAGCUCUUCUCCAAUAAGCCCUACAACCACAAGUCCGAUGUGUGGGCCCUGGGCUGCUGCGUGUAUGAAAUGUCCACCCUGAAGCACGCCUUCAAUGCCAAGGACAUGAACUCACUGGUGUAUCGCAUCGUGGAAGGAAAGCUCCCACAGAUGCCCAGUAGGUAUGACCUCCAGUUGGGAGAGCUGAUCCAGAGCAUGCUGUGCAAGAGACCUGAAGACCGGCCCGACGUCAAGCUGAUCCUCCGGCAGCCCUACAUCAAGCGGCAGAUCGCUCUGUUCCUCGAGGCCACGAAAGAAAAAACUGCCAAGUCAAGAAAGCAAGCUGGAGGAGGUGGAGGUGGAGGUGGAGGUGGAGGUGGAGGUGGAGGUGGAGGUGGAGCCAUCAAUGGACCGUCUGGGGUGUCCCAUCGGCCUGAGCGAAGCCCCCAGCCGGAGCCCUUUGUCAGAGGGAGGCGGAAAGAAGAGAAAGCUCCAGUCCAAACACCACCACCCCCCAGACCUCCAGCUGAGGCUCUGAGAGCCAGCACCACGUCCCUGGCAACGAUCAGCAACGUUCAUGUCCAGCUGCAGGAGGACGAGGACCUGACGGAGAAGCCCCACCCAAUGGGUACUGAAGCUAUGACUCACAGUGUGGACAAAGACAGCAAGGGGAGAGGGAAGCCAGACCCCCCUGGUCAGCCCCCUCUGAAGGCGGGAUCAGGUGGAGCAGGUGAGAGGAGGGCCUCCAAUGGCGUGUUAGACCUUCGUCCACAGGCCACGCCCAGCCCUGGGGACGCAGGUCCUGUCGGGGGGGAGAAACAGAUGUCAGCUGUGGGAGAUAACAAUGAUACCUGGGAGCUGCUGCAAGAGGCUGGCAUGCAGAACCCCAAGCUGGACCCUCACAUCCAUGAGAGGAGACCUGCACACAGACCCAACAGAGACAAUAUGGAGCCAGUUGUGGAAGUGGACGGGAAAGGAGACACCGUUACCCUUCUCAAGGGCGCCCCGACACAACGCCGGACCUCAGGCGUCCAAGAACGCCUGGAAUCUACGGAAAAGCUGUUGGAGCCGUUCCCUCCAACUCUGGAGCCGGUUCGAGAGGAGUCUCCCAUACCGGGUGGGCCGGGUCCGACCGGUGGGCCGGGUCCGGCCAUUCAGCAUCCAACUCCUCUGUCCUCCUCAUCAGACCCGUCUCCCUCCCGGCAGCACCGAGGGAGGGGCGUCACACCACUCCAUGGGGAGCAGAGCCGGUCCAAGGCGACGGCUCCUCGGCCUUUACCUCCUCCUCCUGUUGAGAGCGUGGCCGGCAGGAGGAGGAGGGGCACGGAGGGCCAGAGAGCCGGUGGAGCCCCCCCCUCCUCCUCUGGGGGUGGGGUCCUGCAGGACCGGCCUCUGUCUGCCAGAGAGAGAAGAAGACUGAGGCAGUCCGGGGAGGUCUCCAGCCAGCCAGUUGUUGGUGUUAUGAGAAGGGCCUCCUAUGACGUCUCCUCCACCAAAGAUCAGCACCACAGCGCUCCAGGUAUCAGGUCUGCCUCAGACUGCAUCACUGGGACCAGGUCUACCUCAGACUGCAUCACUGGGACCAGGUCUACCUCAGACUGCAUCACUGGGACCAGGUCUGCCUCAGACUGCAUCACUGGGACCAGCUGUCAGGAUAAGUUGCCGGGGCAACGGUCCGAUGAAGACGAGUGCAGCUCGUCCACAAGUUCCACAGAACGUUCGGAGGGAGACUGCAGGGAAAGGAAGGCUGAAUCCAGCGACAUGCAGGACUUAGUCCACAUGAUGACCCGGACUCUGGGAAUGGAGACCGGAGACGGUGUGAGUGAGGCGGACGGCGCGUUUGGCUCUACGGCGUUACCAGAGUUCAAACUGAACAGGAAGUACAGAGACACUCUGGUGCUUCACGGGAAGGCUCGAGAGGAAGUGGAGGACUUGUCCCUCGGGGAAAUACCAAUCGGCUCCACGUCUGGUCCGGCCAAGAUCCGGAGAGCCAUAGAGCACUUGAGGACAGACGUGGUGAAGGGUCUGGGGGUCAAGCUGCUGGACCGGGUCCUGGAAAUCAUGGAGGUGGAGGACGACGCCAAACGAGAACUUUGCCUCCGUGACCAGAUGGGAGCCGAGAAGUACCGAGCGUACGCCGUGAUGGUGAGGCAGCUGAAGUUCUUUGAGGACAUUGCCACCAAUGUUUCGUGAACGUUGUUUAUGUACACAUACACAUUGUUGUGAAGAGGUAAACAUCUUAAAAAUCUCUGAUGGGAAACUUUGUCUUUGGGAGAAAUUUGACAGUUUAAGUAGAAACAGUCAAUAUUGUUCAUGAAAAAUAAUGAGUUUCCUUCCGUGCCUCAACCACAACACAAUCGUAUGUAAAUGACUGUAAAGUUGUUUUUCUCAUUCUUCAAACAGAAUGUUAUUAUUCCUGUAAUCUUCAGGAUUUCUAUGCAAUGAUGUUAAAGCACUCCUUAACUUUCUACUUUUUUUCGUGGAUACUUGCAAUUAUUUAUAAGGCAAGCUAUAAUUUCAAUAACUGGUUUAGAUGUAUCUCUGAAGAUCUAGAUCACUUAUUCGGCUGUAUUGUAUUUGAUUAUACACAAUGUGAUAUAGAUGUAUUGUAGAUAUUGAAAUAUUUUCUAUUAAAUCUUGUUUUCUUUAGUUUACACUAUUUUCCAUAAUGUUAAAGACCACAAUCAAAUAGUUUCAUUGAGAGCAACAAAAAAGGGAAUGCACUAAAUAAAAAAACAGCUUUUUUGUACUCCAAUAAAUAAAU